UAUGGAUAACAUCAUCAUAAUACCUAUACGCGGUACAGCCCAGAAAACAUCGCUAUGGCACCAACACUGCCAGAGUGGGCUAGCAUUGUCAAGAACAAAGUUCUACGAAUAUUUCAGGGCCCAAAUCAACAACAAUACGACGAGUUCGAAUUUGCAAACAAAUCACAUUUAGAAAAGUCUUCCAUUCCCUACACUGAAGAUUAUUCGGGUAGCGGUGAAUUUGGUCUACAAAGUCCGACCGAGUCGCUGCCUUCGCCCGUUCGUCCACCGCUCAGACACAUCGAUAAAUACAUCAAACCGGAAAUACCAAAUCUCAGCAAAAGAUAUACAAUAGCUAUACUAACAUGUGUCGGUUUUAUGAUCUCAUUUGGAAUGCGGUGCAAUAUGUCGAUGGCCAAACUGAAAUUUCACAUAGGAUCUGAUUCGCAGGGCGUCACGUAUCCGGCUUGUCACGGAAUCUGGAGACAUUGGGCGCCACCGUUGGAAAGAUCGCGUCUGGCCACCAUAGCCCUGUGCGGUUCGUACGCGGGUGUGGUGGUCGGCAUGCCGCUGUCCGGUACUUUAAUCGACUGGUUCAGCUGGGAAGCACCGUUUUACACUGGUUACAUUGGGGCUCUGCCUCAUCUGCUUAUGACUAUAGUGGUGCCUCUCGGAGGUUUGCUAGCUGAUCACAUACGGAAAAACGGUAUCCUGUCCACAACUAGCGUCAGGAAGAUUUUCAACUGCGGUGGUUUUGGCAUGGAAGCCACGUUUUUCCUCGUGUUGGCCAAUGCCCGCACACCACUCAUGGCCACGAUUGCCCUGACCUGCGGCGUGGCGUUCAGUGGGUUCGCCAUUUCCGGGUUCAACGUUAACCAUUUGGACAUAGCGCCGAGAUACGCUAGUAUACUGAUGGGCAUAUCGAACGGAAUUGGUACGAUAGCCGGACUCCUGUGUCCGAUCGCGAUCAACAUUAUCAUCAGGCACAAGACGAGACAGAGCUGGAGCGAGGUAUUUAUACUGGCCGCCGUCAUUCACUACAUUGGAGUGGUGUUCUACGGAAUAUUUGCCUCGGGAGAAUUGCAAUCGUGGGCCGAGCCCAAGGUCGAAGAAGAUCAACAAAUGGACGAAGGAUUUUUACUCGGAGCUAUGAUGAUUCCCACCUAA